CCGUUGGUUUGAUCGUAUCCGAACUGGAGAGUGAAAAUCUGAAACCAUCAAAGCAAUGGCGUCAACAGCUCUCCAACCCAAAUUCUCGCUUAAACCCAUUAUAGCUUCUUCUUCGUCGUCGUCUUCUUCAGUUGCGCCUGUUUCAGUUCAUCUCACUUCUCAGUUUCUGGGCUCUGCGAGAAUUGCUGGAUGGUCCAGAACCACCCGGAAAUUGGGACCAACCUCUGGUUCAAGAACUACUUGCUGGUUCAGGUUCGGCAAGAAUGGCGUCGACGCUGAAGGUGCUGGCAUUUACGGAAGCCAGUCUCGCGAUGAUUUCGACCGGGACGAUGUUGAACAGUACUUCAAUUACAUGGGAAUGCUGGCAGUGGAGGGUUCUUAUGAUAAGAUGGAGGCUCUUUUGGAGCAGAACAUCCACCCAGUGGAUAUCUUGCUCUUGAUGGCUGCUUCUGAGGGUGAUAAGCCAAAGAUUGAAGAGUUGAUGAGAGCUGGAGCUGAUUGCACCGUCAAGGAUGCAGAAGGCCGUACUGCGUUGGAGAGGGCCGUCAGCGAUGAGAUCAAGGAUUUUAUUCUUGGUUUUUCAGCUCAGAAAGCAUGAUUCUUGAACUACAUGUGAAGUUUUGCUGUUGUAGUUCCCCCCUCCCUUGUUAUAAGGUUUGGAAGUAUGCAUUGAACAAUCAAGAUGUUUGCAUAAAUUUGUCUUGAUGGUUUAUGGCUUCUAGUUUACAAAAGAUAAUGUUGAGGUGAAUUAUACAUUAUUGUGCUA